AUCUUUACAGUCUUUUGAAAGGUCUCAGCAGAAAAGGUCAUUGCAACCAACUAAACCAAAUUCGGUUCAAGUUCACCAUCAAAGUAAAGUAAACGGUAAUCAAAAGUCACUUUGUAUUUUAUGCAAAGAAAAGCAUUAUAUCUCUUUUUGUCCUAGAUACACUUCAAAAACGAUACAACAAAAAUUAGCUAUUGUCUCAAAACAUAAACUUUGUUAUAAUUGCUUGGGAACGCACCGAGUUUCGAAUUGUCGAGUAACCAAACGUUGUCAAAAGUGUGGCCGGAAACACCAUACUACAAUUCAUCAAGCAAAUACAUUUAAGUCAAAUAACAAGGAUAACACGGAUAAUAAGAUCUCUUCUGCUGACACUUCAAGUAAACCUGAAGCAAAGGUUUUACAUUCUUCCAGGGAUAUGUUUGCUGGAUCUUCAAUUUUAUUAGCUACAGCUAAAGUUAUUAUCGUAUCCCCGUCAGGGCAAUUAAAACAAAUCAGAGCGCUUAUUGAUCAAGGUUCAGAAGUUUCAAUUGUAACAGAAAGAGUUGUCCAACAACUCAAAUUGCCUCGACGUCAUUCAUCUACUUCGUUGAUAGGAAUUGGUGCACAAAAGGAUAAUAAAACUAAAGGCAUAACAUCAUUCGUAUUCAAGCCACAUUUUCAAUCAGAUUUCGAAAUGCAAAUAGAUGCUUACAUUUUGCCGAAAUUGACCUCUUCACUUCCUUCUCUUUCGCAUGAUAGGGAUGCAUGGUUGCAUCUGAAUAAUCUUAAAUUAGCCGAUCCAACAUUUAAUAAGCCAGGUUCCAUCGACCUAAUAAUAGGGGCUAACGUGUACCCUCAUAUCAUAGAAGAAGGUAUAGUAAGAGGAGAGCCUGAUACGCCUAUCGCUCAAUUAACCAAGCUUGGUUGGAUUGUAUCCGGGUUAGCUAGCCUUCGUAAAAUUAGUUCUCACGCUCAAGGUUAUCACGUUUCAGUUAAUGAGGAUCUUCAUGAUCUCCUUAAAAAAUUCUGGGAGACGGAAGAAGUUUCAGUUUCGAAUAAGACUUUAUCUAAAGACGAACAAGACUGCGAAGACCAUUUUGUAGCUACACAUUCUCGUGACGCAAACGGUAGAUAUAUCGUCAAACUUCCAUUUAAAGAUUCCCCGAAUAAGUUGGGAAAUUCAAAGGCUAAAGCCAUUCGACAAAUGACUAACUUAUAUCAUAAACUUUCCAAUAACGAUACUCACGCUCAAUUGUAUAAAGAUUUUAUUAAUGAAUACGAAGCAUUAGAUCACAUGAAAAGAGUCAAGGAUACGCAAAAUGAACCGGAUCUAGUAUACUAUCUUCCUCACCAUGGUGUUUACCGGGAACAUAGUCUCAGUACUAAAUUACGAGUCGUCUUCAACGGCUCCAGUAAAACAACUACCGGCUAUUCAAUAAAUCAGAUUCUUCAUUCGGGAGCAAAAUUGCAACUCAAUUUGUUUAACGUUCUUAUCUGGUUCAGAUUAUUUCGAUACGUAUUUUUCGCAGAUAUUGAGAAAAUGUACAGACAGAUACGAAUACAUCCAGACGACUGGGAUUUUCAAAGGAUUGUAUGGAUUGAUUUCUUAGCUUUACGUGCAUUCGAACAGUUGAUACGUGAUGAAGGACACAAGUUUCCUUUAGCUAUUCCAACGAUGAAAAAGGGAAGGUAUGUCGACGACUUCUUUGGAGGGGAAGAUACGAUACAGAACGCUCGUAGGGUCGUUGAGCAAGUAAAUAGUCUCUGCAUGGCGGGCGGUUUCCCGUUAAAGAAAUGGGUCAGCAACGAACCAGACAUUCUCAGCUCCAUUCCUGUCGAUCUACGACUUGAUAAGGCAUCAAUUCAAAUAGAAGAAUCCUCUAUAAUACAUACCCUAGGGUUGUCAUGGCAUCCAUCCAUUGAUCAAUUUAGAUUUACGUUGAAUCUUGACGAGCCAAAAUUAAUCUCCAAGCGUACUAUUCUCUCGACAAUUUCAAAAAUCUUCGAUCCAUUAGGAUUUAUUUCACCUAUUACCAUUUCUGGCAGAAUUCUCAUUCAGGAAUUGUGGGCUAGUGGACUCGGUUGGGAUGACGAACUUCCUACGGUCCUUCUUAACAAAUGGAAUCGAUUCAUAUGUCAAUUACAAGAAGCAUCCAGUUUCACAUUCCCGAGAUGGAUUGGGUUCAAUUCGACCGAUUCAUUUGAAUUACAUGGAUUUAGCGACGCAUCUCAGAAUGCUGCAGCAGCAGUGGUUUACUUACGUGCUUGUUCUACUGAUCAAUCUGUUACCAUCACUCUUGUAGCGUCGAAGACAAAGGUUGCGCCUUUAAAAAGAUUAACUAUACCACGACUUGAACUUAUAGCAGCUGUAUUACUUGUUAAAUUAAUUCAGUCAAUUCUUUUUACUCUAGAAAAGCCUAAUUUACCAGUCUUUGCAUGGAUAGAUUCGCAAGUGGUUUAUCAAUGGAUUACCAAUCAUCCUUCUCGAUGGAAGGAGUUUGUACAUAACAGAGUUGUUUUUAUUCAGGAUACUUUGCCGCAAUGCAAGUGGGGUUUAGUCCCAGGUGUACAAAAUCCAGCAGAUUUAGCUACAAGAGGGAUUUCUCCCUCACAAUUAAAUGAAAGUUCCAUGUGGUGGAGCGGUCCUGAGUGGUUGUCAAGCCCUAGAUCUGCGUGGCCACAAAUCUCUUCAUCCCUUAUUUCUGAGAAUUUAGAAGAACGCGAACACCGAAUUUGUGUUUUUGUAACUAAUAAGCAUCCGGAAGUUUGGAAUCUUCUCACAAAAUACUCGAACCUUACUAAGUUAUUACGAAUUACAGCCUUAUGUCGAAAAUUCAUUCGUAAAGCUCAUAAAGAUACUAAAUCCGAAUUAACUCCUUUUCUUUCAGUCAAUGAUAUCAAUAAUGAGAAAUAUUUUUGGAUCAAAAUUGUUCAACAAUUUUCAUUCUCACCAGAGCUUAAAAUUCUAUCGCAAGGACAUUCACUUCCUAAAUCGAAUCCCUUGACUAACCUUGCUCCUUACAUAGAUUCAAAUGGACUUCUACGAGUAGGUGGACGACUUCAACAAUCAUUACUUUCGAACGAAGCAAAACAUCCUUUCAUACUACCUAAAGAAUCUGCUUUUACUACUUUGAUUAUAGACGAUGCACAUUCUCGAACCCUCCACGGAGGAACUCAGCUUACGCUGUCAUUCAUUCGACAAACUUAUUGGAUCAUUAGAGGUCGGAUACCGGUAAAGUCUUUUAUUCUAAAAUGCGUCAAAUGUACUAGAUUUCGGCAACAGCGAGCUCAGCAACUUAUGGGUCAACUUCCUGUUGAAAGAGUGGUUCCCGCUAGACCAUUUCUACAUUCAGGUGUGGAUUACGCUGGUCCGUUUACAAUUAAAACUUGGAGAGGAAGGAACGCUAAAACCUAUAAAGGUUACAUUUCAUUAUUUGUUUGUUUAGCAACUUCUGCGAUUCACUUGGAACUUGUUACCGAUUACACAUCUGAGGCAUUCAUUGCCGCAUAUAGACGAUUCAUUUCCAGACGCGGUAUCUGUGCUACUCUCACUAGUGAUUGUGGUACUAAUUUUCAGGGAGCAGAUAAAGAACUCAAACGAUUGUUUUCUGCCGCGUCUGAUGAGUGGAAACAUAUAUCAUCCAGUUUGCUCAAUAACGGCACUCAAUGGAAAUUUAACCCUCCUUCGGCGCCUCACUUCGGAGGAAAGUGGGAGGCAGGAGUUAAAUCAGUCAAAUACCACUUAAAGCGUACAAUAGGGGAUACUUUACUAACCUAUGAAGACAUGUCUACUCUUCUAUUCCAAAUUGAAGCUGUUCUGAAUUCACGCCCUCUAUGUAGGUUGUCUGAUGAUCCCGAUGAUCUGUCCAUUUUAACACCAGGACAUUUUCUUAUAGGAGAAGCGCUUUCGACCCUUCCUGAACCUUCUCUAUCACUAGUUCAGAUUUCUCAUUUAAACAGAUGGCAACUGUUGCAACAGAAACUCGAAAAUUUCUGGUCACAUUGGUCUAAAGACUAUCUUCAAAGACAACUCUCAAUCUACAAGUGGAACCAAGUUAAUCCUUCGAUAGCUGAAGGAACCGUAGUUUUGAUUGUUAACGAUAAUUAUCCACCUUCUAAGUGGCCACUUGGACGAGUCAUAAAAACCCAUCCGGGACCUGAUGGUCAUACGCGAGUCGUAACAGUUAAGACUCAAUUCUCUGAACUUCAACGACCUAUUACCAAGAUAUGUCCUCUUGAUGUCAAUCAAACUCAGUUGUAACUUGUUCGUUAAUUACAGUUAACGAAGGCGGGCG